AUGAUAACGUGUCUCUUUUUCUUGUUUCUUCUUCUUCCAACUCUAACAUAUUCCAACUCCCAGCCUUGUUUAUCUUCUUCCUGUGGAAAAAUCACAAACAUAAGCCAUCCAUUCAGACUAAAACAAGACCCAGAACACUGUGGGAACAAGAGAUACGAGCUGGAUUGUGUGAACAACGUCACUGUGUUGAGUUUGUAUGAUGGUUACUAUUUAGUAGAAUCAAUCAAUUACAAGAAUUACACAAUCCGAGUUGUUGACCCUAACAUUCAACCCACCAAUUGCUCCUCUCUUCCUGGCUUCUUCUUAUCUCGAAACAACUUUACUAAUUUUGAUUCAAUGAACUGGCGCAUACCGAAGGAAAAUAAUUCAUACGCGUACGACUUAACUCGAUGGGGUUACAAGUCUAUAGAUUAUCCCGAUCCCCAUCCCGGUUACUAUAUAUAUGAUUUAUCAAGGCCUGUAAUUUUCAUGAAGUGUACAAGUCCACCUAGUAAGGUUGUGGAUGAGUAUUAUGUGGAUGGCACUUCAGGCUUGGAUCAACACACAUACGUUAUCGUUGGAGACCCACGCUUUGAAAUAUUGGAGCCUCAAUGCCGUGUUAAGUUUGUUACUUUCACAUCCUUCUGGGGAGGUUCAAUUAGAUCUACUGACAGCGUUAUAGCCAAUGUUUCAUAUAUUGAUGUUCACAAGGGGCUAAGAUAUGGAUUUGAAAUUUUCAAUUGUCCUUGUGAUGAGUGCUUCCUCAACGAUACUAUCAACGAGAUUGAGUGUUUCCAUGAUCCCACAGGUAAGGCCAGUUCGUACAUAAAUAAAUAUGAUCAGUUAAUUAAGGGUUGGGAUUCAAUGACUAGCACAAAUACAAGUGCACAUCUCUAA